GGCGGGUCGAAAAGAACCAUAUAGCAGUGAUUUGAUUUCAUUGCUACGGUAGGUGCGGUGCGGUGCUGUGCUAAGCCGGUAAGAAAGAAAGAAACAUGGUCAUCACUAAUUUCAACGGAGUUGGCGUCGGAUUUGGUUUCGGAGUAGGUUGCGGUUUCGGUGUAGGAUGGGGUUUCGGAGGUAUGCCAUUGAACUUCUUGGGUCUUGGUGCAGGUGGAGGCUGUGGCGUUGGAGUAGGACUUGGUUGGGGGUUUGGUACUGCUUAUGGUAGCAAGUAUCGGUCAUCACGGAUCACAUUUCAGGGAAUGGAAUUUGACAAUAAGGUGGAGAAAGGCAACCCCAAUGAGUUAUCUAAAGCUAGCACAGAAAUAAACCAACACAAAUCCAAGAAAGCUUGUUGGCUUGUGAUCAAUGGCAGGGUAUUGGGUGUCACGAAGUUCUUGGAGGAACGCCCCGGCGGCAAAGAGGUGUUGAUGGAGUUAGCAGGCAAGGAUGCAACGAAGGAGUUCGAUGCAAUUGGACACAGAAAAGGAGCACAGAACUUGGUCCUUAAGCACCAGGUGGGUGUCCUGCAAGGUGCCACCAUAGAAGAGGUAGAAGCCAAGGACCAUGUUGCGGAUACGGAGUCCAAGAACAAAGAGAUGAGUGCGUUCGUUAUAAAAGAGGAUCCCAAGUCCAUGUCUGAGACACUUUACGAGUUCUUUGUUCCAGUUCUUGUUGGCACAUUCUAUUUUGGCUACCGAUUACUUACCAGAGCAAACCCACACAUUUAGUUAUUCACUGGCUCGUUUAAUCCAAACACCACUCUCAUUUUUCUAAUUAAAAAGUUGGUCAUGCAUCGUAUAUUUUAAUAUUUUCCAUAAGGAAAUAAAUAUAAAGCUUGCUUAACAGGACGACAAGAUAAUAUACAUUGAUCAAAUAAAAUGGCAAUAGUAAAGUAGACUCAAUUUUGUUCUACAAACAUCUUUCUGUUUUUCUCUUUCCAUCCAAAAUGAAAAAGCAAUACACCCUGACAGUAUCAAUUAUCACUUUUUCUCUCCUAGAUUGUAGACUUGACAGUUAGUUAAUCAA